AAGCGUGGAGGCUGAGAUCCUUGAGCUUGAAGCAGCGGCGUUUGGACCGGCGUGGUUUCCAGCUGGUGCGAUUAAAAGUUAACGCCAUGAGUCGCUUCUUCGAGGCGGGUUCCGACUCGGAUUCGGAAUCAACCCAGAGUGACGAGCCGGAGAGGUUCCAGCAGCCGAAACUCACCGCUGCCGCUUUCGCUUUCUCCGAUGAUGAAGAGGAGACGAAGCGUGUGGUUAGGUCCGCUAAGGAGAAACGGUAUGAAGAACUUAAAACCUACGUUCGCAACAUUAAAAACUUCCGCAAGAACCGGGACAUCGGAUCCUUGUUGACAAAUUUCGACGACCUAUGGAAGGCAUUCAACAAGGCCCAGACCGUAAUCCAGAAGGAGGAGGGUGGCCAGGUGCCGCGCUUCUACGUCCGCUGCAUGGCUGAGGGCGAGGACUUCAUCAACUCGGUCUGGGAGGACCGCAGUGUCAGGAAAAAUUUGUCCAAGAUCCAGUCGAAGAGCCUGGCCACGCUACGACAGAAGUUGCGCAAAUACAACCGCGAGGAGAAGAUGGCCGAGGAGAUUCGGAAGUUCCGAGAGAACCCCGACCUGCCCGAUGACGAGGAGGAGGAGAAGCGCGCCAAAGACUCGGACGAGUCGGACUCGGCCGACGACGGCGCCAGCGACGCCGAGGUUGCGCCCUCUAGCGGUGGCGCCAGCAAGGAGCCGUCGCGCUCGCGCGAGAUUAGCAAGUCGAAGGGCGCCGACUCCGAGUCAUCCGACAGCGACGAGUUUGACUGGGGAUCCGACUCGUCUGAGUCGGAUAUGAGCGACGAUGACCAGGACCAGUACCCCAGCAUGAGGGACUACUUCCUUAAGAAGUCCACAGACAAGGACGACGAGGCGCGCAAGCGGCAGAAGAAGGAGGAGCGCGAGCGCCGGCUGGCCGAGGAGCGCGCGCGCCGCCAGCAGGCCGAGGACGACGAGGAGGACGAGGACGGCGAUUGGGAGAAGGUGAAGAAGGGCGCGCCCACCGCCCGGGAGAAGCUCAAGAUGUUCGCCAAGGACGACGAGAUCACGCUGAACUUGGUGAACAAAAAGUACCAGGAGAUCAGCGCCGCGCGCGGCAAGAAGGGCAACGAUCGGCGCGAGAUGAUUGAGCUGUUCCACGAGCUGCUGACCAUUGCCGAGCAGCACGACAUGACGCCCGCCAUGAUCAUCAAGAUCAAGUUCGGCCUGACGUCGGCUAUCUUCGACUAUAACCUGGCCAUACGGUUCGCCAUGAAGCCCGACCUCUGGGAGAAGGUGAACCAGCGCGUGGAGGACCUGUUGGACCAGCUGCUCAGCAACCCGGACGUCAUCGUCGGUGAGAACAUUCUGGAGGAGAACGAGGUCCUGGAUGAGCCGCCGUACAAGGUGCGCGGCUGCAUCCUCACCGUCGUUGAGCGCCUCGACGACGAGUUCGUCAAGAUCCUGAAGAACUGCGACGCGCACAGUAACGAGUACUUCGAUAGGCUGCGCGACGAGCACCGCAUGGUGCGCCUGAUCGACAAGGCGGUGCAGUUCCUCGAGUCGCGUCUGCCCAAACCGUACGAUGAGGUCAUUGACGUGGCCACCACGCCGCACGAGAUGUGCCGCGGUUACCUCAAGCAGAUCGAGCACAUCUACUACAAGGUCGACAAGCGCAUCUUCGAACAGGACGAGGGCACGUUCCCGGCCGACGAGGAGACGAGCCAGCACGAGAUGGACCGCCGCUGCAAGUACAUCUACACCAACGACGGCACCGCGGUGCUGCGCACGCGCGCCAUCCUACACCACAUCUACCACCACGCGCUGCACGACCACUGGUUCGAGGCGCGCGACCUGAUGCUCAUGUCGCACCUGCAGACCAACAUCCAGAACUCCGACCCUGUCACCAAGAUCCACUACAACCGGAUGCUGGUGCAGCUGGGACUGUGCGCGUUCCGCCAGUCGCAGAUUCGCGAGGCGCAUAACGCCCUGCUGGACAUUCAGAGCAGCCCGCGCGUCAAGGAGCUGCUGGCUCAGGGAAGCAGCCAGCGUCGCGAUGACCUGACCCAGGAGCAGGAGGAGCUGAACAAGCUUCGCGAGAUGCCUUACCACAUGCACAUCAACCUGGAGCUGCUCGAGUGCGUGUACCUGGUGUCGGCCAUGCUGAUGGAGGUGCCGUACAUGGCUGCGCACGAGUUCGACGCGCGGCGCCGAAUGAUCUCCAAGUCGUUCCACUACCAGCUGCGCAACUCGGCGCUCAAGUACGACCUGCUGGGGCCGCCGGAGCUGAUGCGGGAGCACGUGGUGGCCGCCUCCAAGGCGAUGCGGCGUGGCGACUGGCGCGCCUGCCGGGACUUCGUCAUCGACAAGACCAUGAACGCCAAGGUGUGGGACCGCUUCUACAACGGCGACCAGACUCGCGCCGACCGGGUGCGCGCCAUGCUGACCCGUAAGAUCCAGGAGGAGACGCUGCGCACCUACCUGUUCACCUACAGCAACGUGUACGACUCGGUGUCCAUGGUGACCAUGGCCGAGCUGUUUGAGCUGGCCGUCUGCGACGUGCACAGCAUCGUCAGCAAGAUGAUCAUCAACGCCGAGCUGAUGGCCUCGCUGGACGAGCCCUCGCAGACGGUGGUGAUGCACCGCACGGAGCCGAGUCGACUGCAGUCGAUGGCGCUCCAGCUGGCCGACAAGCUCUCCAACUUCGUCGAGAACAACGAGCGCCUGCUGGAGAUGAAGCAGGGUCGCGACGUGUACUACGGUCGCGGCGGCGGCGGCGGCGGCCGGGGCUACGGAGACCGGCCGCCGUUCCCGCGCGGCGACCGCGGCGGCGGCGGCGGGUUCGGCCGCGGCGGCGGCGGCGGACGCGAGUGGGGCAACCGGCGCGAUAACCGCGGCCCCGUCCGCGACAACCGCCGCGACAACCGCCGCUAGGGCUGCCGAUCUGACGGCCGACCCGCCCCUCCGGCGGACCGGCCGCCCAGGCGACCAGCAACGCCGCAGCCAGUCGCUCGCCGAGGACGGCACCCUCCAGGCGCCCGGCCGAGGACCGCUGUCGCUCGGCCCUGAAGCAGUGCGGUCACGCUGGCGUUGGGGACCGUUGGCGGUGUGGGCUCACGGUCGGCCCGGUGGUGGAGGCGUCACGCGCCCGGUGUUUUGGCGAUAGGUGUAUUCUAAUAAACACGCCGCUCGGGAG